AAGCCAGCUGCAGGGACCGCAGGGACCCCCCAAACACCCUCUCCCCAGGAUGGCGGAGGAGUUCAUCACCGCGGUGUACUGCACCGGGGUGUCAGCCCAGGUGCAGAAGCAUCGGGCUAAGGAGCUGGGCCUGGGACGCCAUGAGAACGCCAUCAAGUACUUGGGCCAGGAUUAUGAGCAGCUGCGGGUGCAGUGCCUGCAGAGCGGGACCCUCUUCCGAGAUGAUGCCUUCCCCCCGGUGGCCCACAGCCUGGGCUACAAGGAGCUGGGCCCCAACUCCUCCAAGACCUAUGGCAUCAAGUGGAAACGGCCCAUGGAGAUACUCUCAAACCCCCAGUUCAUCGUGGACGGAGCAACGCGCACAGACAUCUGCCAGGGAGCGCUGGGGGACUGUUGGCUGCUGGCCGCUAUCGCCUCCCUCACCCUCAAUGACACCCUCCUGCAUCGAGUGGUCCCACAUGGCCAGAGCUUCCAGAAUGGCUAUGCAGGCAUCUUCCACUUCCAGCUGUGGCAGUUUGGGGAAUGGGUGGAUGUGGUGGUGGAUGACCUGCUGCCCACGAAGGACGGGCAGCUGGUGUUCGUGCACUCUGCCCAAGGCAACGAGUUCUGGAGCGCCCUCCUGGAGAAGGCCUAUGCCAAGGUGAACGGCAGCUAUGAGGCUCUUUCGGGGGGCAGCACCUCGGAGGGCUUUGAGGACUUCACAGGUGGGGUCACCGAAUGGUACGAGCUGCGAAAGGCACCCAGCGACCUCUACAGCAUCAUCAUCAAGGCUCUGGAGCGAGGUUCCCUGCUGGGCUGCUCCAUUGACAUCUCCAGUGUUCUGGACAUGGAGGCCGUCACCUUUAAGAAGCUGGUGAAGGGCCAUGCCUACUCAGUGACCGGGGCCAAGCAGGUAAACUCCCGGGGCCAGAUGGUGAACCUGAUCCGGAUGCGGAACCCCUGGGGCGAGGUGGAGUGGACGGGAGCCUGGAGUGACGGCUCCUCGGAGUGGAACAAUGUGGACCCUUAUGAACGGGAGCAGCUCCGGGUCAAGAUGGAGGAUGGAGAGUUCUGGAUGUCAUUCCAAGACUUCAGGCGCGAGUUUACCCGCCUGGAGAUCUGCAACCUGACGCCCGACGCGCUUAAGAGCCGUUCCAUCCGCAAGUGGAACACCAUGCUCUACGAGGGCACCUGGCGGCGGGGGAGCACUGCCGGGGGCUGCCGCAACUACCCAGCUACCUUCUGGAUAAACCCCCAGUUCAAGAUCCGAUUGGAGGAGGUGGAUGAUGCAGAAGAUUACGGGGAUCGUGAAUCAGGCUGCAGCUUUGUGCUCGCUCUCAUGCAGAAACACCGCCGCAGAGAGCGCCGCUUGGGCCGCGACAUGGAGACAAUUGGCUUCGCGGUAUAUGAGGUCCCUCCGCAGCUGGUGGGCCAGUCAGCCGUGCACCUGAAGCGGGAGUUCUUCCUGGCCAACGCGUCGAGAGCCCGCUCAGAGCAGUUCAUCAACCUGCGGGAGGUCAGCACCCGCUUCCGCCUGCCGCCCGGGGAGUACGUGGUGGUACCCUCCACCUUUGAGCCCAACAAGGAGGGCGACUUCGUGCUACGCGUCUUCUCGGAGAAGAGCGCAGAGACAGAGGAGAUGGAUGACCAGGUCCAGGCCAAUCUCCCUGAUGAGCAAGUGCUCUCAGAACAGGAGAUCGAUGAGAGCUUCAAGGCCCUCUUCAGGCAGCUGGCAGGGGAGGACUUGGAGAUCAGCGUCAGAGAGCUGCAGACCAUCCUCAACAGGAUCAUUAGCAAACACAAAGACCUGCGGACCAAGGGCUUCAGCCUGGAGUCCUGCCGCAGCAUGGUGAACCUCAUGGACCGGGACGGCAAUGGGAAACUGGGCCUGGUGGAGUUUAACAUCCUCUGGAACCGCAUCCGGCAUUACCUGGCCAUCUUCCGAAAGUUUGACCUGGACAAGUCAGGCAGCAUGAGCGCCUAUGAGAUGCGGAUGGCCAUCGAGUCUGCAGGCUUCCAGCUCAACAAGAAGCUAUAUGAGCUCAUCAUCACUCGCUAUUCAGAGCCCGACCUGGCUGUCGACUUUGACAACUUCGUAUGCUGCCUGGUGCGCCUGGAGACCAUGUUCCGAUUUUUCAAAACUCUGGACACAGAUCAGGAUGGAGUCGUGACCUUUGACCUGUUUAAGUGGUUACAGCUGACCAUGUUUGCAUGAAGCGGGGCUCCAGCCUCCCUGUUGUGCCCCCUCUCUCUCUCUUCUGCCAAGCCACACCUCCCCCCAGCCACCUGAGGCCACGCCAGCCGCAAGUGCCUUCCCCGGAGCGUGGAGGCGGCCCUUCCUCCUGUCCCCUGGCUCCCGGCCACCACAGCUCAUCUGCCUGGGCCGAGCUGUGUGGCCUUCCCUGCCUCUGCCAGCUGUGGGCUCAGGCUGGACCCCCAGCCCCUCCCGUCACUGAGCAGGAAGGCAGCUUUCGCUUGUUCCGGCCUCAGGGUGGGGCUCCUGGGGGAGCUGACAGUCCCAGCGCCUCCCCACCCCCAGAACCCUGAGAUGCCCCUUGUCUUACCCUCUGGGGCUCCCAUCAUGUCUAGCUCUUGAGAGGCCACACUCCCAGCCCCACCCACUGGGCCUCACGUCAGACUUUCAGCCAUAACCACUAGCU